CUUGCAUCAUCUUGCAUCGCACACAUGUCGAACACUACUGGCGACAGUCUUGGCAGCACGUUAGGUGAGAAAGUGAAGGGCGCAUGGAACGUGAUUGAAGGUGCCGGUGACUCUCUCCGAGGCAGCAUUAUGGAUUUUGUCGACUCGGCGACCGGCUCCGAUGGACACCAUGCGGAAACAGAUAUUGGCAAGCAGAAAAUGCAAGAGGGACUUGCAGAGUUGAGGGGCGAUCCCAAGGCGGUCCCCGCUACUGGCACCCAGGCGACGGACACGAAGACGACUCCGCUGCCGCCGCCCGCUCGUAGCACCGAUGCAACGGACACUGGUGCCACUGGCACUACGGCUACGACCGGACAUGAUACAACUAGUGCCAUCAGGAGUACUGGCAAAGGCAUUGCUCCGUGAAUGUCAAUGUUCUGGGAGUUCUUUGGACGGUCCACCGAGCUCACGAUGAAUUGACGCGCCGUGGAUGUCAGAUUGUUGCUUUCCACUGCUACUCUUCGUGUUGGUCCAGUGUGUAAACAUAUCCCAUUUUGAAUACGAGGUGUCAUCAAGGUGAACUGUAAAUGUCAGCGGCGGAUACUUCAAC